AUGCCCGGAACGUCCAACUCCCAGGUAUAUUGCCCAGAUUGUAAUGAAAAACUUCAAAAGUGUUUGAUACAACAAAAUUAUGCCAUUAUCAUAUGUCCCAGCCUAACUUGUGGCUAUCCAUUCAAUCAAAGAGACAUACUCGACAAUCUAACGUACGUAGACGAUAAUGACGUUUUAAAAGUGGCAAAGAAAAGAUUAUCUACGCGAAGCAAACCAUAA